AUGCCCGUUGAAGCUAAAAAUCCAUUUGCUGUUUGGCUGGUUGAAACGGAUGCCAUCGAUACAUGGCUGCUUCGUGAGGCCUCCUUUGAGAAGCUCAGCCAAAUACUGUCUGGGCAGCGCUGUGAACUGCGAGUGGCUUCGGGUGAAUGCAAUGAAGAUACUGAGGUUUACAACAUUACCCUUAGUACUGGGGAUGAGCUCACUUUGAUGGGGCAAGCAGAAAUCCUUUAUGCAAAAUCUUCUAAGGAGAAGUCGCGACUGAACACCAUCUUCAAAAAAAUCGGGAAGCUUAACUCCAUCAGUAAGCUAGGCAGAGGGAAAAUGCCCUGCCUCAUCUGCAUGAACCACAGGACCAACGAGAGCAUCAGUCUCCCCUUCCAGUGUAAGGGCAAGUUUAGCACCCGCAGCCCGCUGGAGGUGCAGAUGCAAGAAGGUGAGCACACGAUUCGCAACAUAGUCGAAAAGACCAGGCUGCCCGUUAACGUCACCGUGCCAAGUCCUACGCCGAGAAACCCCUAUGACCUGCAUUUUAUCCGUGAAGGGCACAGGUACAAGUUUGUCAACAUUCAAACCAAGACUGUGGUGGUGUGUUGCGUGCUUCGUGGCAACAAAGUUAUUCCCAUGCAUUUUCCCUUGCACUUGACGCUGCCGAAAUUCGUUCUACCUGACAGUCUGGUGAAGGGGGAGCUGUGGCACGAAUCCCUCAUCCAGCACUGGUUCAAUAUAUGCCAGGAGCAGUUUGACAUAGAUGAGUAUUCCCGUGCCGUGCGAGAUGUGAAAACUGACUGGAACGAUGACUGCAAGAGCCCGAAGAAGAGCCGAUGCACAGGGCACAGCCACGUGCCCAACUCCCUCAGCUACGCACGGGACGAGCUUACGCAGUCCUUCCACCGGCUCUCGGUGUGCGUCUACGGAAACAACUUGCACGGGAAUAGCGAAGUGAACCUCCACGGCUGCAGGGACUUGUGUAAUGAGUGGGCCCUGUUUUCUCACGAUGCCCUUCAGUACCAGGAGUCUGGCGACAGCAGCAGCGAUUACCUUUUUCCUGAAGUCAGUGAGGAAUCGAUGUUUCUGCCUACAAAACCAGAACUCCCUUACGAAGAGCUGUGGUUGGACCAAGGGUCUGGGAAGGCUGGUGACCAGCCUCUCUCUCGCUCGCUAAGCGAGAAGAACAAAUGUGACAACUACAGAGGGUCUUUCCGAUCGAAGUGUGGUACCGCAUCCCUUCCUGUGCCUGCGGCCGUUGGAGCAACCACAAAGUCUUCAGAUGUUUCCCUACCUCCACCUCCAGUGCCUCCCAAAUCAGAAGCGGUAAAAGAGGAAUGCAGGCUCCUGAACGCUCCCCCCGUCCCACCGCGGAGCUCGAAGCCAUCCUCCAGCAGUCCUUCCAUCCCUCCUCGCACAGUCAAACCUGCGCGACAGCAGACCCGCUCUCCUAGCCCGACUCUCUCCUACUACUCGUCGGGACUGCACAACAUCAGCGUCACGGAGAGCGACACCGCCAACCCAGCGGAGAGCACGCCUGUUUCCUGCUACCCUUGUAACGUGACGAAAACCGAAUCCAAAGAGCCUGAGAGCACGAUGCCUUUGGGAAGCCCCUCAGCUGAAGCUCUGCCUUCGAGGUUAUCUUGGCCAAACCAUUUUUCAGGAACUGCUGAAGGCCCGAGCAGGAGCAAUUUCCUGUUGGAUCCCAGCAGGAGCUACAGUUACCCCAGACAGAAGACUCCGGGUACGCCAAAGAGAAACUGUCCAGCACCUUUGACUUUUGACUUCGAUGGGUGUGAGCUCCCGGCGGGGUACUCCCCGCUGACCCCAGCAGAGUUCACAAACACCAUCUCUACCUGUCCGAAGUCGGCAAGUUACUCUCUAGACUGCACUGAUGAGAAAACUCUGGGAGUCAGCAACACAAAGCAGAGCCAUUCCUGUCCUGCCUUACCUCCUCGGGCACCGAAGUCAAGCGAAGAGAAGGCGGUCACAGACACCUGUCCCUUGCCGCUGAAAAUAGACGGUGCCGAGGAGGAGUCGAAAACUGGUUCUCCAGACCUCUUGGAAGAUCAGUAUCUCGUUAAAAAGGGCAUGCAGGAUACGUUCUCUGUGUCUUAUCCCUUCUCGUCUCCCCUCCACCUCCAGUUAGCACCAAGAUCCUGUGGGGACGGCUCUCCCUGGCAGCCACCCACGGACCUUUCUGGGCUCUCCAUAGAGGAAGUGUCUAAAUCGCUGAGGUUUAUUGGUCUGUCGGAAGACGUCAUAUCAUUUUUUGUCACAGAGAAGAUUGACGGCAACUUACUGGUUCAGCUCACAGAAGAAAUCCUGUCGGAAGACUUUAAGCUAAGCAAAUUGCAGGUUAAGAAAAUACUACAGUUCAUUAACGGCUGGCGGCCCAAGAUGUGA